CGCUGAGGGCUGCGCUGGCGGCGUGUCCCGGCGGCGGCGGCGGCGCGGGGAGGAGAUGCUCGUGGUUUCCGUCCCGUCCGUGGGGCCGGGGGCGGCCGAGUCCCAGCACAGCCCGGACAAGGCGCACACGGUGUUCAAGGUGGAGGUGCUGUACAAUGGCCGGAAACAUGCCAUCGAGAAGCGCUACAGCGAGUUCCACGCCCUUCACAAACGGAUAAAGAAGCUGUGCAAGGUCCCCGACUUCCCCCCAAAACGAGUGCCCAACUGGAUGACCAAGGUGUUGGAGCAGCGGCGGCAGGGCCUGGAGGUUUAUAUUCAGGGCGUUGUGUACUACAAUGAGGAGCUUCCCAAGGAGGUGCUGGACUUCCUAAAACUCCGGCAUGGUUACCAGGACCCCAAGGGCAGCAGCCUGGCUUCUCCGUGUGCCUUCCCAGUGGAGGAGAGCAGGUUCCUGCUCACCCACCGGCCAGUCCUAAGCUUCUACAAGGACCCGUACGUGCUGCCCCCAGCCACAAACCUGCUGCCUGACACUGUGCUGAGCGGUGUGCUACAGGGCUUCUAUGCCCCAGAGAAUACUGUCUAUAGGACACUUGCCCAGCAGGGCUUCUGUGCACACACAGAUGGCAACAGCUGAUGCAGCUUCACUAGCACCACUGUGGGAGCAGCACUGCCCAGCUGCUUCUCUCACUAGGAUCCUAGUGCCUGGCUCCCCAGGCACUGAGAGAGGAGAUGGAAGCUGAGCCUAGCUUUGGUAUAAGGGACUGACACAGACAAAGUGGGUACCAAGGCCCCAUUGCAGCAGACACUAUUCUUCAUGCACUGUACUUGUAGCUGCUCAGGGGUUGGGCCUGGCCCUUAGAGCAUGAUGGGGAUGAGGGCAGGGCUUUAAUGCCCUGGUUCCAGGCUGAGGUGUACCAGUGGCCUCCCGGGCCAGGACUCCGAGAAGUGGAGCCCAGUGUCACAAGCACCAGAACUGACACUUGCACAGCAUGCAGAGGUGGCCCCACCAACACAGUGGCAAGUUUUCCAGCCCAGAGUUUGUUUGUGCCUUGUGUCUGCAUGGCAACAGCCCCCAGGGGAAGCCUGAUGGGGCUGAACUGUGGGGGGAGGGCAUGUUCCUGAGCUAUGUUGAGGGGGGCUGCAGACUCAUCUGUGCAAUAAAUAACUCAGGUUGG